AUGAAGAAUGGGAAAAUUUUUAUUCAGAUUGUAUUUUUACUUAACUUAUUCAUUUAUCUAAAAGCUCAUGAGAAAUAUAUUAUUUUACAAUUGAAACCAAAUAAUUUAACACAAUUAAUAGAAUUAAACAAUAUUUUUGAAAGCGGAAAUUUUGACUUUUGGAAAUCUCCCACACAAAUUAAUGCUCCAGUUGAUGUUCUCCUAACACCAAAGACCCAAACUCACUUUAUGCAUCUUAUUUCAAUAUUAGGAUUAGAUUACAAGAUAUUAGUUUCAGACGUUGUAGAUUUUAUUGAUAAAAAGGAAAUACAAGUAGAGGAAAAUCGUAAAUAUUUUAUUAAAAAUAAUAAUUUAAUAAGAAAGGAUGAUUCUGAAUUUAAUAGUUUAGGUUUAAAAAUGGGAGAUUAUCAUAAUUAUAAUGAUGUUGUUAGUUGGAUGAGAAAAAUUGAAAAAAAAUUUUCAAAUUUUGUUAAAGUAUUUUCAAUUGGUAAAACAUUUGAAGGAAGAGAUAUAUAUGGCAUUAUGAUGGGAAACUCGUUAAAUGAUACAUCAAGAAGGAUUAUAUGGAUUGAUUCCGGUAUACAUGCACGUGAAUGGGCUGCAAUACAUACAGGAAUAUAUACAAUUCAUCAUAUUGUAAAUAAUUAUGGUAAUGAUAAUGAUAUAACAAAUUAUCUUAGUAAUUUAAAUAUUAUAAUUUUUCCAAUAUUAAAUCCUGAUGGAUAUGAAUAUACUAGAUCAGAUCCAAGAAAUCCAUUAGUUAGAUUUUGGAGAAAAAAUAGAGGACAACUUCGUUGUGGAAAAGAUAAUAAAGAUGGUAAAGAAAGUUGUUGUAAGGGAGUUGAUUUAAAUCGUAAUUUUGAUUAUAAAUUUUCACAAAUUGGUACAAGUUUUAAUCCCUGUUCAGAAAUAUAUCAUGGAGCAAAACAAUUCAGUGAACCAGAGACACAGGCAAUUCGUGAUGCCAUAAUAAAAGGAAGUUUUGCUGGAAGAAUUGAUGCACUGAUAAGUCUUCACGCCUACUCACAAUUAUUUAUUUAUCCAUAUUCAAUAGCUAAAAAUGUUUAUCCUGAAAAUAUUUCUGACCUUAGGAGAAUUGCCUCAAAAGCAGUUUCAGCAAUAAAAAAAAUGUAUGGAACAAAAUAUCAAUUUGGUACUGGACCAGAAUUAAUAUAUCCAUAUACAGGUGGCAGUACAGAUUGGGCAAAAGAAACUGCGAAAAUUCAAUAUACAUACACAAUUGAGGUAAGACCAAGUUAUUUUGAUUGGAAUGGUUUUGUUCUUGAUAAAAGACAACUUAUUCCAGUUGGUAAAGAAACAUGGGAAGGAAUAAAAGUAGUUAUAAAUGAAAUAAAUAAUGAGAUCAAUAAGCAAAAAUUGUUAAAAGAAUCUACAAAAUUAAAUAUUUCUCCAGAGAAAUGCAAGGAUUUUAAUUCAAAUUGUAAAAUAUGGAUUGACAAUCAAAAGGAUAUUUGUAAAAAAUCUUUUAUUGCAAUGAGUGCUUCAUGUCCCUUAUCUUGUAACUUUUGUUCCUCUCAUUAA